AUGCUACUCAAGAGAGAAUCGGAAGAAUUAUUUUCGUUACAAUAAAUAAAAAUUCAAUAUUAACCCUAAAUCAAUUAAAUCCUUUAGAUGAUAUCUUCAUCUGUUUUUAUAUAUUAAAUGGUCAUUUAAAACCUUUCUCUUAUCAAAGUAUAACCAUUUAAGGAUAAAAAACUAUUAUCUUUGGUAUCUUAAAUCUUAACAUAAGAUGAUUUAAAAUAAUAAAGCGAAGAAAAAGAUAAAAAAUAAAAAUAAAUUUUAAAUGAGAAGAUGUCUAACAUUAAUCAUAAGAAUUUUUUAACUUAUUUUUAAAGGUUAUAAACUUAACUCUAAAUUAAUUAAAUUUGA